UUCAGUUGUGUAAGAGAGAAAGGAGAAGAAGAGGGGUGUGUGUGUUUGUGUGUGUGUGGCAGCCAGAGACAACAAUGUCAUCGAUUUCGCUAUCGUUUCUACAGAGCGCAUGCUCCUAUUCAAAUCUUCAUCACCAGCAGAAGCUCUUCGUUCAACCGCCAUUGAUAUCAUCAUCAUGGUCUCAGUGGAAAAGAAGCUCUCUGACUGUAGAAGCCUCCGCCAGAACUCGUCAAGAUAACAGAAAAGCACGUCAUGUUCGUAUUCGUAAGAAGGUGGAAGGGACACCUGAAAGACCAAGAUUGUGUGUCUUUCGUUCCAACAAGCAUCUAUAUGUUCAGGUGAUUGAUGAUACUAAAAUGCAUACACUUGCAUCAGCUUCAACAAAGCAGAAACCGCUCUCUGAGGAGUUUGAUUACAGCUCUGGUCCCACUAUUGAUGUUGCUAAGAAAGUAGGGGAAGCCAUUGCAAAGUCGUGCAUGGAGAAAGGGAUCACGACUGUGGCGUUUGAUCGAGGUGGUUAUCCUUAUCACGGACGUAUUCAGGCGCUUGCUGAUGCGGCUCGAGAACAUGGUCUUCAAUUCUAGUUUCAAUCUUGUCUUCUUAUUCUUGUAUCUUUCAAGUUUGAAUCUUUCCAUCUCCCAAGAAGAUUUAUGGUUGAAAUAUGCCCAAGUUGCAUAUAUUUGUUAGUAUUAAAAUGAUGGAUCAAAGAUUUAUGCACUCUUUCUAUCUUUUUAG